AUAGUUAAACAAAAUUGAACCCAAAAAUAUAAAACUAAAGGCCAAAAUUCAGCAAAAGGUGGCUUGUUGCUAAUCGCCAUUAGUUUGUCCGUGUGCUUGGCCUGCGGCAGUGUGUUGGUGGCCGCAAUUGCCCUACGCUCUGCCCCAGCAACAGCAGCUGGAGCAACGACAACAACAACAGCAGCAGCAGCAGCAACAGCAACAGCAACACUGACACUAGAAGCAGCAGCGACGCGAAGGAUACGCCACAAACGUCGCUCGUCGCAACGACGGCGCAGCAGCAACAACGCGGUGCUGUCAACGGGGAUUGGACUGGUAACGGGUAACGAGGCUAUCUCUGCUCUGGCCCUACCACUCGCCACCGCCACCGCCUCCGCCGCCACCGCCACCAGCUGCACCGCCUCCAACAGCGCAUUGGGCUCCGCUGCAGCGGAUCAGACAGUAGCAGGCGCCGCAGAAGCAGCAGCAGCAGCAGCAGCAGCAGAGACAGCAGCAACAACAACAGCACUUUUGCCAACCGAGCCGGAACAUUCUGUACCCAUGCUAUCGGUACAGACGGCCGGCUGCGCGGGAAUGGAGCGGCUCGGCGUUCCGACCCGCACAUCAUUAAGCACACCACCCGACGAUAGGGAUCAAUUUAGAUGUAGAAUGCGCGUAGAUGCGCUCCAGGCACGUGAGCUCUUGGCUGUACGUGGCGAUUCUGUGAUUCGUAGCGCCGGCAACAAUCAGCAGCACCAGCAGCAGCAGCAGCAACCAUCACUCCAUCUCCAUCAUCACAACAAUAAGCAACAACAUUCCCACCAUCAGCAUCAGCAGCAACGCAUGACAACUCCAACGACGCACAGCUCCAGCUCUAGCUUCAGCGCAGGCACCGGCAGUGGCACCGGCAGUGGCAGUGGCAGUGGCAGUACAGGGCUCAACAACAACAACAACAACAACAAUAGUAUUAGUAGUAAUGUGGCGCGAGGCGGCAUCGAGGCCACCACACUCAAGUAUGGCAACACGGGGAGCGGGAGCGGGAGUGGGAGUGGGAAGGGCGAGAGCUCCUCCUCAUUGUCUUCGUGUGGCUCCUCGCUGCAGAGCCACAGCAACGACCACCAUCAACAUUACCAAUAUCAGCAGCAGCAGCAGACCCCGCGCUGUCCCCACCAUGUACCACUGCCGGACAGCGAGUACGGACAGGAUCGUCAUCUGCAGAUCAGGAGUAGCUACCAGCAAUCGGAGAUCACCAGAUCGUACACCAAACCGCCGCCCAAUAAGACCGUGAGGGAUGUGCCCGAGCAAAUCUCGGCGGGCUGUGGCAGUUCCAGCUACCGCCUGACCACGCUCCAGGCCGCCGCCACGGGGGGCAUCAUCAGCGGGUCGUCCACGUACACAGCCUCCUCGUCCUCGGCGUCCACCUCCAAGUCCAAGCCGAACGCCAUAACCAAGUUCUUCUCACGCAUCAGUUCUCCAAAGUCGCCGCCGGCGGGGGGCAGCUGCUCGAGCCAGCCUCCAUCACUAGCCUCCUCCGCCUCGAUGUCGUCCUCGGCCUCCUCGCUGGCCUCCUCGUCCUGUGUGUCCACCUCAUCGUCCGCCUCCUCGCUGGCCGCUGCCCCCCUGCCCACGCUGCCCAUCUCCAAUGCGGCCACGCUGAAGAGCACGGCAUGCGGCUACGGGACCAAUCCGAGUGCGACGACAGCAGCCGCCGGCAGCAGUCACCACAGCUACGUGGCAACGCCCGCAGCGACAGGAAGCUGCACCCCCGAAAGGAUACCCACGCCGCCGCUCUCCGUCUGUGUGCCCAUUGGGGCUGGCCUGCAGCUCCUCAAGAGCAGUAGCUUCAAUCUUCCCGCCGAGACAGCAGCAGCAGCCGCAGCAGCAGCAGGAGGAGUAGCGGAAGGAGUGGCAGAGUCCCUGCUCCCUGCCACAAUGAGCCGCAAUAAUUCCAACUCUAGCAUGAUGAGCUGCCAUUGCAGCUGCAAUAGCCGGAAUUGCAGCCACUGUGCGGCCAACUCAUAACUGAGCUCGUGUUAAGUUAACUCUUAGUUACACAAUACAUCUAUCUAUCUAUAUAGCU